GUGUUUACCAAACAGGCUGUGAAUUUCGUGAUGUUUCUUUCUGUCAUCCGGCCGUUGGAUAUUUCGCCGCACAUCCAAAUCCGCCGCCGUCACGCUCGCGCUCUCACCCGGCGGCGCCAUGCUCCUCGCCAACCUCCUCCCGCCGCCGCGCUGCCCGCUGGCCUCCCGCACCCGCUGCCAGGCCCCGGCCCGCCACCACCAGCCCGCCGCCUCCUCCUCCCGCGGCCUCCUCCUCCGCGGCGCGGGCUCCCCCGUCGUCAAGCGCCUGCCCGCCGGCGACUGGCUCCUCUGGUACCACUCCGACACGCGCAUCUCCCUCGCCACCUCCCCCGACGGCCUGCGCUGGAGCGCGCCCGUGGCGCCCGACCCGCUGCUGCCCUCCGCCGACUGGUGGGUCUUCGACACCGCCGCCGUCCGCCCGGGCGACGUGCUCGUCAUCUCCGGCCCCGACGCGCCGGCGUCGUCCCGCCGCCCCCCGCCCUCCUCCUCCUCCGCCGUGUACUGGCUCUACUACACCGGCUCCAACGACGCGCGCCUCGCGUCGUCCCCGUUCCCCGCCGCGGACGUCGCCGCGCUGCCCGGCCUCGCCAUCAGCCAGGACGGCCGCCACUGGGCGCGCAUCGAGGGGGCCCACCACACCGGCGCGCUGCUCGGGGUCGGGGAGGACCACCCCCAGGGCUGGGAGAAGCGCUGCGCGGCGGCCCCCAAGGUGGUGAUGCACGCCGACGGGGACCUCCGGAUGUACUACCACUCGUUCGACGAAAUGUCCCAGAGGCACGCGGUCGGGGUGGCCAGGUCCAGGGACGGCAUCCGGUGGGAGAGGGUGGGGAAGGUGCUCGAGGGAGGCGGGCCUGGAUCGUUCGAUGAAGGCGGUGUGCGGCAGGGGCAUGUCGUCCGUGACCGCGCCGCCGGUCGGUACAUGAUGGCGUACGAGGGUUUGGACGGCAAUGGCGGGGUGAGCAUUGGGUUGGCCGUGUCGGAGGACGGGCUGCGAGGCUGGAGGCGGUGCAGUGAAUCACCAGCGCUGCGCCCGUCGGAGGAUGAUGAUGAGUGGGACGUCGCUGGGGUCGGCGCCCCGUGCCUGGUGCAAAUGGAUGGGCCGUAUGAUUGGAGACUCUAUUACAUGGGCGUAGGGAAGGAUGGUGAGGCUGCUAUCGGGAUGGCAUAUUCAGAGGGUCAGGGUCUUCCGAGGUUCAACAAGUGUGAUGCUCUUCUCAUGUAAGGACACCAGCGUCAGUUCUCACUAAUCAAUUGUUCCUCCAGGUAUGCAUAUCACUUUUUCACAACUUACAUAUUACAGUAGAAGAGGUUAUGGACAAUGAUAUUCUGCAAAUAAGAUGUCUGCUGAAAAAGUGACUGUUUUGUAAGGACCUUUAUGCACAGUCAUAUCAAGGUUAUGCAUAAUAUUAUGGCAGUCUGUCUGAGAGUAGAUUUUUAAGUGCCUUAUGUGCCAUCCGUACUAAUAUCCUGCAGUGCAUGUCUUUAUAAUAGAUGUAUUUGAGAAGAGGUAUUUGCAUUGGAAUCACAUGUACUUUUCCAAACCCAUAGGAUUACUAUAUUUUGAAAAAUCACUUUAUCUGUAUGGUUGCAAAUCUACUAGUUGUAGUUAUUGUUGGUAUGUAAUCCUGUGCUGGAAAUUUCAACAGUCCAGGACCCUCUAAAUUUAAUGAAAAUAAUUUCCACCUAUGCCUGCAAUCUUUAAGCUGAUUGCAAAUUAAUGCCACCUAUCAAAUCGCCAUAGCUUCAAAGAAGCAGACUAGCAGUGUCUGAUUUCAUGAUUUGUGUUAUUUAGCAAUUUCAUCGUGAUAACAGUUGUUAAUUGGCCUUUAUUUGAAACUGCAGUUAAAUCUCUAGCUAUAUGCCACUGAAACAAUGUGAACUUAUUCAUUGUUCCAUUGACAAGUUUGGUUCAGGCCAACAUGUUAGUCAGACAGUGAGUGACACAGAAGGGACGCGGUAAACAACAGCUUCCCAGCAGAUCGUCCAAGCUUUCCUUCACAGGAAGCAACCAAGGUGAUAAACAAGAUGGUACAAUCUUCCACUGGCACGAGAG